AUUAAAUGUUAAAUAAUACCUGUAGACUAAAUUAAAUUGUUUCCAUUGGUUCGAGUUUCGGUAGACAACUAUAAAUUUUGACGUAUACUUUUAGAAGUGUCGUAUGUCUGACAGCUUUUGAGUAUUUUCACUUCUCCCUCUGAACGAUUUUAAUGAAAACGAUAAGAAAUAAAGCUCUUAAGUUAGUAGAGUUCAAUGUAAAUACAUUUCGUUACAUCCAAAGCAGCGGUUACUGCCACUGUAUACAUUUUUCAAAUACAGUAUUAGUUUUUGACAAAGCCGAAGAAACAAUAAUUCUUGCUACUCUAAUAAAACAAAAGUUAAAAUUUUCACAUUAAUACAUUCUGUUUCUGAUAUUCUAGCAUAUCGAGUCACCGGUUAUCAUUAUUACGAUAACAUUAUCAUUGUGAGCUUUGGUGGCUUAAAAGUUUGAUUUAACUUGUCAUCUGCAGGUCCACAGUUCGAAUUCCACCAUGUAAUAUGUAUAUUUCUAUUUUUGAAUUUCAUAAAUAUUUAACCAACACUCCGUGAAAGAAAACAUCUACUACUAAAUACAACGAUUAAACGUCAAGUCUAUGACAUAUUUACUUCAACUAGGAUAGGUUCCGGGCUGCUCAGUGGGGAUGUCUAGCGAGCUGAUGAUGAUCGUCUUCUCCUUGUUCUUCUACUUGUCAUGUGGGGUCGGUGCACCAGAUUUUCUUCCUCGAUAUCAAUCUAUAUUCCGUCGUUUUCUUCAUACAAUCCAUCUUCUCAUUUUUUUGAUACAAUCCAUCCAUCUCGUAUUAGUCAUAACGGAAUGUCUCUCCACAUUGUACACUAAAUCGAAUCAAUUUGUUUGCCUUUUAAAGUCAUAUCUUCAACCAUUGAUACAUUCGAAUCAAUAAAACCGUCAUUUAGUAUGAAAUCUCUAUAAUUUCUUCAAAAGGUAUAAUACUCAACAGACCGUUUACAUUUUGUCUUGAGUUAUUACUUACAUGCAGAUAAACAUUACUAACUAUAUUACUUCUUAAAUAAAUUAAGCGUAGAGGUGUUAAUAAUUAUUUUUACGCUAUCAAACUGUGUAGUGGCUGUAAUGAGUGUUAUCAAAUAAAAGAAAAUCAAUAGAGUGGUACAUUAUAUCUUAUAGGUUCUCAACAGAGAUGACAGACAUGAUGACUUGGAAUUUAUAUCUAACACGUCCACGUACACUGGUCGUGAUUCAUUAAACUUAUAAAUGCGUUUACCCUUGAGGUUCCUUCAUUCUUCAGUUAGUGUGCUUGUGAUCAUGUUGGUCAAGGUUUUACAUAUUUUGCUAUUAAAUUUUAUAGUUAGUGUUAAGUCUGCAAAUAUUUUAGCCUAUUAUCCAUGUCCUUCGAUCAGUCAUCAAGUCGUGUUUCGACCAAUAACAUUAGAAUUGAUCAAACGUGGGCACACAGUGACUGUACUUACAACAGAUCCUAUUUAUCCCAGAGGAAAAACUCCUGCAAAUUUGACAGAAAUUGAUAUGCAUGAUGUAUCAUAUAAUUUAUUGAGAAAAAAUCUGCAUAGAAUAAUAAUUGGGAAAACAAACGAGGUUAUAACUCAAGUACAUAAUAUAAAGGAGUUAAGUAUAAUCGCGAUAGAAGAGCAAAUGAACAUAACAGAAGUAAAAGAAUUUAUCAGCGAUAAAAAACAAAGAAUCGAUUUAAUAUUAGUUGAAGCGUUUUUGGAAACAGCUUUAGGUAUCUCACAUCUUUUUAAAGCUCCGACAAUUUUGGUCAGCUCUUUUGGUCCAUUUCUUGGCAACUAUGAAAUAAUCGGUGCGCCAACUAAUCCUCCUUAUUUAUAUCGUAAUUUCUUCAGUCAAAAACUUUACAAUAUGACUAUUUGGGAAAAAAUAAUUGACCUUUAUACUCAAGUCAGAAUAAAAUACAUAACGAUUGCUUCCGAAGACGAAGAAAACAAAGCUUUGAAAAGAAUAUUCGGCCCUGACACUCCAACUCUAAAUGAAUUGAAAAAUAAAGUUGAGAUGUUGUUUUUGAAUAUAAAUCCUAUUUGGGAAGGAAAUUAUCCCGUACCACCCGCCGUUGUGCACAUGGGUGGAUUACACCAAAAACCACCAAAAGAAUUGCCUAAGGACCUUUCGCAAUUACUGGACAAUUCGAAGAAUGGUGUAAUAUAUUUCAGUUUCGGCACAAAUGUCAGGCCGUCUUUAUUGGAUCCAGCGAAAAUUGAAAUUUUCCAUAAAGUGUUCGCCGAGCUACCUUACAAUGUCAUAUGGAAAUGGGAUGACGAAAGUUUACAACCAAGAUCAGAUAAUGUUAGGAUUUUCAAAUGGCUUCCACAGUCUGAUCUGUUGAGACAUCCAAAUGUCAAACUAUUUAUAACACAAGGAGGAUUGCAGUCUACUGACGAAGCUAUCACAGCCGGCGUACCGCUAGUUGGUGUACCAAUGUUAGGAGAUCAGUGGUACAAUGUUGAAAAGUAUGUUUAUCAUAAAAUCGGUGUGCGGCUGGACUUUGAAGAUCUGACUGAAGAAAAAUUGAAACAAGCCUUACUAGACGUAGCUGAAAAUGAAAGUUAUAGAAACAACAUAAUCCGGCUACGCAGUCUGAUGCAAGAUCAACCACAAAAGCCGCUGGAGCGAGCCAUCUGGUGGUUGGAGUACGUGCUGCGUCACGGAGGUGCUAAGCAUCUCAGAUCACCAGCCGCUAACAUUUCCUGGUCCGAAUACUUAGAGUUAGAACUACUUUCCUUAGUACUUAUUAGUUUAGUCACAUCACUUGUAUUAAUUACUUUAGUUUUAAGGUUUACAUUCCAAAAAUUGUUGCAACUUUAUCAAAUUCAUUAUAAAGAAAAGAUGUUAUAGUUUUAUGUAAAUUUUAGCUAAUUAUUAGUUCGAAUUCUCACCACAGCCACCAAUUGUGCAAUAUAGAAAAAAAUACAAUUUGAAGUGAAAA